GCCACAGUUAUCACAGGUUCAAAUCCACAGUUAUCUAGCUACAGGUGCAAAAUCAAUAAUUAUGAUUGCAAGGCUUUUGAAAAUAAGCCAAUCAUCAGAUUUGAAAAUAUUAUUCAAAUUAGAUAUUUGUAUUUCUUUGGUAUGUGGAGAAUAAAGAACUAUAAGUAAAAAAAAUUAUUUGACAAUAAUAUCAGAAAAUGAUAAGGUAACGUAGAGGACCCGGUGACUUUUCCAGUUAUAGUAAACACCUAAUUAGGCUACAGUAGCUUGCCAUAUCACCUUGGCAACACAUCAUAGACUAACUAGGCAAUUUGUAACUUGUAGGCUGUUAAAAGCUGUUAAAAGCUUUAAAGUUUCCCUACAAACACUUUUGAGAAAAUAUCAGUGAUUCUUUAGGUUACAAUGGAUAGUCUAUUUGACUAUGAUUUUAGAAUGUUUUUUUCGAUCUUUAAUUUGCAGGUGGUCAAAUUAUUGCAAAACAAGAAAACAAUCUAAUUGGGUUAUGUGACGCUGAUUCAGAUGAUGUAUCAUCCACCAUAUUCAUUUGCAUGCUAACCGUAUCAUUUUGUAUUUUAAGGGCACAUUAUUUUGCAUGCUAAAGUUUCAUUAUUUGAAACAAAUAAGCUGUCAAUAUUUGGUCUGACAUUUCUAUGAAUGAUAUUUGAUCAUGGUCGAAGCUGUUUUUGAUUUACCAUGAUCUAAGCAAUUAUGAUUCUAUGUUUUUACUCACCUAGCUAUAGUUCAGCCAUGGGUUGCCUAAUUAUCACUCAUCACUAAGUGAGUUACGUAAUCAGGCCACCUCAGCCUAAUUAGGUGUUUACUCUGAAUGCUUUUCCCACAAGAGAACGGGGGAUCUAGCUAUAAGCUGUUCUGCAGGAAAUAUUAUUCCUCAUUUGGCUGUGGCUUUCAUGACAUAAGUAUUAUGAGAAACAUGAGAAUCCAUGCAUGUUAUUUCACUCAUGGCUACCAACCAUAUUAUCUCUGAUUCCUUUCAUUUUUACAUGUUGUAGCUAGAAAAUAUGAAGAACAUACCAAAGUGAAAGUUUGGGUUUAUUUUGACAAGGGGUUCAUUAGAUAUCUUACAAUUUCUUAAGGUCGGGUGCUAAUAUAAAGAUCCAUUAGGUAGCAAGGAGACCCAGCGUAAUUUUUCUUAACACCUGGAAAUAAGUAGAGUUAAGGUGAGAGAAAUUAAGCUGAGCAAACAAAUUUUCUGCGGUCAGAAUACUAAUACUUAUUGGUUACUUCCAUUGUUCUAUGCUCACAUGUUCAUUAUUGAGAAGCACUUCUUCUAUAAAUCUCAUUUACUCACCCAAACAAAUGUAAUUAAUUCUCCUGUUAUUUAAGAGUGUAAAGUUUGACCAUGCUGAAUUUUUAAUUCAGGUUUGCUCUGACACAUUCGUUUGCAUGUUAAUAUCCUUGAAGAAAGCUUUUUAACUAGGUUAGGGUUAGGGUUAGUAAAGUAUAUAACUAAAAGAUCAAUUAAUUAAUAACUAGUUUUGUAUGAAUAUCUAACAUUCUGACUCUAAAUAUCUAAUUCUAAAUUUUGAUCAAAACAGGAGCCUCCUGAUAUAUAGACAAAAUCUCCCAUGUGGAAAAAUAAAAUACUUUGUCAGUUUUUUCAGAAAAUAUAAUUAGUAAAUUCAGUUAUCAUGAAAAUUAUCCACUGAGUUUCCUAAAAGUAACUUUUAGAGAUGCUUUAAGUUUGUUGCUGCCGCUGAAACAUAAAGCAUUAACUAAUCACUCUAAUCUAACUAAUCAAGAUGUCUCAGUCUGGACAAGCAUUCCAACCACCUAAAUCAUGGGAGCUCAGUAUGUAUGAACUUCAUCGAACUCCUCAGGAAGCGGUUACCGAUGAGACUGAAAUAGCUUUGUCUCCAAGAAGCUUGCAUAGUGAACUGAUGUGUCCAAUAUGCUUGGACAUGUUGACAUCAACAAUGACAACAAAGGAAUGUUUGCAUCGCUUCUGUCAUGAUUGUAUUAUUACAGCACUGAGAGCUGGGAACAAAGAAUGUCCAACUUGUAGAAAAAAGUUAAUCUCGAAAAGAUCUCUUCGACCCGAUCCAAAUUUUGACUCAUUAAUAGAAAAGAUCUAUCCCGAUCGGGAUGAGUACGAGGCACAUCAAGAAAAAGUUCUUGAGAAAUUAAACCAACAUACAAAUCAGCAAGCAUUGACGAGUAGUAUUGAAGAAGGUUUACGUAUACAAGCUCAAAAUCGUCUGCAGAGAAUGCUAAAGCAGCAACGCAAGCAAGCAGAAGCCAUGCGCCAGCAAGCAGACGAACAGAUACACACAGAAGAAAGUAAUGAUUCAACAGCACCAUCAACGCCACAUAGCCCGACAACGCCCACCGUCAUGACCAGUAAAAAGACACCAAAGCGAAAGCAGAAAGAUGCGCCCUCCUCUUCACAAGUUAGUGACGAUACACCUUUGUCACAAGAACUUAACGAUAUAGAAGUAGUAUUUCAGCCACACCCAGACUUUGCUGAGGGCUUACCUGGAGCGAGAUAUCUAAAAACAACAUCUAAUGCUACAGUCCUUCAUCUUCGCCGCUAUUUAGCCGUACGUCAUGCCUUGCUAGUAAAAGAGGAAGAUAGUCAAACAAGCGGUAGCUCGAAAGAUGACGAAUUUAAUAUUUUUGUUGCAACAGUAGAAAACGAAAAUUAUACAUUACUUGAGGGGACUUUAACACUCGCGCAAAUCCAUCAGUCUUAUUGGUUCGACAAUCGAACUAUGGAGUUAUAUUACGCUCCUUCGUCGAUAAAUGUUGACUAACGGAGAACUAGGGUCUCGCUCAAAGCAUUCAGAUACUUGUGGAGGAGAAAGUGUAGCUUGGACACUAGUUUCAUAAACUCUAUCACGCUGAAGUGAUUUUCAUUGUCACAGAAAUUUUUAAGGAGAAUGGUUUCUGCAGUGAUUGGUUAAAAUAGGUCACGUCAUUUACAGAAAAGAAAGAAAGAAACAUAAUUACGAUAUUUGUUUAUUCUUAAAAAAUAAAUGUUUAAGGAAAAUCAUCAGACGAAGAAUCAUUUGAGCAUAAUUCGUCGUAGUUCUUCGCUGAAGAUUUCUAAAGAAACAUACAAACAGUGAACUACCAACUUCAAUAUAUCCCAUAUAAGCAGUGCUAAAAUCUAAUACAAUAUCUCCUAAUUG